AUGUACAUUUCAAAAUUUCAACUUCCCUAUUUCCCUCCAUUCCCACCUCAUACCUAUCAAUUUCCUCCACCAAGUGUGUCACCACCACCCCACCAACCUAAUACACCUCAUUUCCCGCCGCAAGUGGCCCCACCACGCCCACCGGUUGCACCAUUGCCUCCGAAAGUGGCAUCAUCACGUCCACCGGUUACACCAUCACAACUACCAAAAGUGGCCCCACCACGUCCACCUGUUACACCAUCGCCACCAAAAGUGACACCACCACGUCCACCAAUUACACCAUCACCACCAAAAGUGGCACCACCACGUCCACCGGUUAGACCACCUGCACCUCCAUGUCCACAUUCAAGUCCACCCGUUACACCAUCACCACCACAUCAUUAUCUUAGUCCACCACCUCCAUCACCAAUUAAGCCACCACCUCUAUUUCUCUCAGUUGCUCUGUGCUGCUUCCUUAAGAAGAAAAAAAAGAAAGCUUGUCAGGAAAUUGAUAUCGUGAAAGUGGAUGAACACAUGAAGGUCCGUGAAGAUGUUGUAACCCGUCCAGAUGGAACAAAAGCUGUCAUUCUGACAAUUGAUAAAGGUAUACAUAUAGAUGAAGAAAUCGUGAAAAGGGAGAAAAUUGAGAAGGGUGUACUAGGACAAUUGGGAGGCGAACAUCUUGAUGCUACAAACACUAUGGCAUCAUCAUCUAAUUCCAAUAAUCACAACCAUGACCAUAAAAGCGGAUAA